GCGGAGGGGCAAGGGGCGGCAGGGAGGUAUCCUGCCGCCCCAAUUUCUACAGUAAAUACAAGUGCUGGAGGGGGCAAAGCGGUGGGAGGGGGUUCACUGUAUUGCAAGAUAAAUUCUCUAAGUGCUCUGAAUCACAAGCCUUCUAGUCUUUCCUGAAACCCUUUGUCAUGGACUGAAAUGGAGGCACUUGAAACCCAAAGUAGAUGCUGAUAUGAGGUUUGAUGUGCUCAUUAAUGAGUGAAGAACCAAAAGGUUGGGACAGUGGCCAAGAAGAAAUGGAGAAUAAAAGUCUGGAAACUUCCCCGUCAGACCUAAAGUUAGUGGCCCACCCAAGAGCAAAAAGUAAGGUGUGGAAGUACUUUGGCUUUGAUACCAAUGCAGAAGGAUGUAUAUUACAGUGGAAGAAAAUCUACUGCCGUAUUUGCAUGGCACAGAUUGCCUAUUCAGGAAAUACAUCUAAUCUCUCUUACCACCUUGAAAAGAAUCACCCAGAUGAAUUUUGUGAAUUUGUGAAAAGCAAUACUGAGCAAAUGAGGGAGGCCUUUGCAACUGCAUUUUCAAAACUGAAGCCAGAGUCUUCCCAACAGGUUGUUCAGGACACUUUAAUUAUGAAGGCGAGCCACAGCUUUGAGAACAAAAAGCAUCAGGAGCUGACAGCUGCAGUGAUUGGCUUAAUAUGUGAGGGUUUAUAUCCGCCUUCUAUUGUAGAUGAGCCCACCUUCAAGAAUCUCCUGAGGACAGCUGAUCCCAGAUACGAACUGCCUUGCAGGAAAUAUUUUUGUACAAAAGCAAUUCCUGAAAAAUACAGUGGUGUUAGGGAUAUUGUGUUAAAAGAACUCACUGACAUUCUGUGGUGUGGCAUAUCUACUGAUAUGUGGAGAAGUGAAAACCAGAAUAGAUCAUAUGUAACCUUGUCAGUUCAUUUUCUCAGUAAUGGCUCUUCCAGCUGCCUGGCUGUUAAUUCCCGAUGUCUAAAGACAUUUGAAGUGCCAGAGGAAAAUACUGCAGAAACAAUUACGCGAGUCCUCUAUGAGAUAUUCAUUGAAUGGGGAAUCAAUGCAAAAGUUUUUGGCGCUACAACAGAUUAUGGGAAAGACAUAGUGAAAGCUUGCUCUCUUCUGGAUAUUCCAGUGCAGAUGCCAUGCCUGGGGCAGACAUUUAACGUGGGCAUACAACAAGCUUUUCAGCUUCCUAAACUGUCUGGGCUCCUGUCCAGGUGUCGGAAAUUGGUGGAAUAUUUUCAGCAGUCUGCAGUAGCCAUGUACAUGUUGAGUGAAAAGCAGAAGCAACAAAAUAGUUUGCACUGUAUGCUUGUGAGUGAUCGUGUUUCUUGGUGGGGAAGCACACUUGCCAUGUUGCAACGUCUUAAAGAGCAGCAGUUUGUAAUUGCUGCAGUUCUUGUGGAGGAUAGCAAUAACCACCACCUGAUGUUGGAAACCAGUGAAUGGAAUACAAUUGAAGGGCUGGUGGACUUGCUCCAGCCAUUCAAGCAAGUUGCAGAGAUGAUGUCAGCUUCUAAAUACCCAACUAUAAGUAUGGUUAAACCCCUUCUACAUAUGCUGCUGAAUACUACAUUAAAUAUAAAAGAAAAUGACUUGAAAGAGAUCAGCAUGGCAAAGGAAGUAAUAGCCAAGGAAUUAUCUACAACAUAUCAGCAUACACCUGAGAUAGAUAUGUUUCUCAAUGUUGCGACUUUCUUGGACCCAAGAUACAAGAAGCUGCCCUUUCUUUCGGGAUUUGAGAGGCAGCAAGUUGAAAACAGAGUGGUGGAAGAAGCAAAAAGUCUCCUAGAGAAAGUAAAAGAGAACAAAUUCAGGCCUGAGGAGCAGUUUUUUGCAGCAUCUGAAGAGCCACCAGUGAAAAAAGUCAUAAUUGCCUCCCCACCUCCCCCUACCAGUGCCAUCAAUAAUAUGCUUGCAGAAAUUUUCUGCCAGACAGCGGGUGUUGAAGACCAGGAAGAGUGGCAUGCUCAGAUCAUUGAGGAACUGAGCAAUUUCAAAUCACAAAAAGUUCUUGGACUUAAUGAAGAUCCACUCAAGUGGUGGUCUGACAGAUUAGCUUUAUUUCCUGUUUUACCAAAGGUACUUCAGAAAUACUGGUGCAUUGUGGCCACAAGGGUGUUCCCUGAACGUCUUUUUGGUUCCUCUUCCAAUGUUGUUAGUGCUAAGAGAAACCGGUUAGCUCCUGCUCAUGUAGAUGAACAGAUCUUUUUGUAUGAGAACACUCGCAGUGGGUCAGAAGCAGAGCCUGAAGAAGAGGAUGAAGGGGAAUGGGGCUUGGAACAGGAGCACAUUAUUAAUUUAAGUGAUGCAGCAAAUAUAAACAGUAAUUUCUUUAAUAUGUGAGAUAGUGGCUUCAUAUAGAAGGAACACUUGCAGUAUACUGAAAGUCACAGAACGGGUGUCUUGUCUUAAAUCUCCCCCGACUUCUUGUAGUGAUAGUACUGUAAAUACAGACCUGUUGUAACAUAUCCUUGUUUAUAUAGAUGUAUGUAUGUGUGUAAUACAUGUAUAUGUAUGAUUACUGUAGUAGAUAAUUACUGUGACCUGUCCCUUUAAAACACUGAAAUGGGUAUAUGAGUUUAUAUUCAUGGACUUUACCCAGAUGUAGGCAAAUGCUUGAACAUGUGCAUAGUCUCCAUUGGUUUCUGUAGGACAAAAAGCAAAACCAGCACAAAGGUAACUUGAAGCAUUUGAGCAGCUCUUCUUGCCUAAAUUCACCCUGAAUGAGCAAGCUUUAUAGAUGUUCUAACUGACUUACAAAGCCUCUCCGAUCUAGGAUUUUUGAAGUUUAAAAGCUUUGAUUUAAAAGUUUUCUUGUUCAAAUAAUGUGUUAAAUAUUUAAAGCUUUUUAAAGGUCAGAUCAUCAGGGAUUCUUAUUAUAAAAGACUUGAUUUUAAUGGAUUGCUUCAUGUGUUGCUUUCCCAAGAAGAUUAAUUUCUAUAUUGGAAAACAUAUCUUCUCUUCAUGUGUUAGUGGCAGCAUGAGUGAUUUCCCCCCAUUCCUUGUAUUUCUUCUCCCCUCUCCUCGGUGAUAUGGCUGAGUCCUGAAAAAUGUACCUGAGCGCCCCCCCCCGCUUUAAAAUUACAUGUGAAACAGCUCUAAGAUCUGCUAUACCAGGGAAUAUAUCCUUAAAUUGAGGUGUAUUGCUAGUUGCCAUAACGUAUCAUUGCAAAUCAUGAUUGUUUCCCCAAAGGUUACGGAGAUAAUACUUUGCCAUUAUUAGUAGAUAUGCCAUGCAAAUAUUUAGGAUGGGAUGAAGAUCUGAUUCUUCUCCACACUUUUAUUUAUAUAUUUAUUUUAAUAACCACAUGCCUGGCAUGCCGAGCAAGGAUGCACCAGUGCAACGAGAGAACAACUUAACAAGGCUUCGCAAAAAAAUUGCAGUGGGGAAAUGGCAAUUUUUGAUGCCCUCCCCUUCCCCAGUAAGUCCUCUGUGCCACCUGAAAAUAUGUCUCUGAGGCUGCACAACCUUCUAGAGACAUGUUUGGGAUGCACAGAGGGCUUUCUGGGAAAGGAGAGGGCGUCACAUUGCUGCUUCCACGCUGCACUGGUGCAGUUAAUUGGGAAGUUCUGCUAGGCUGUUCUCUCGCUGCACUGAUGCAUCCUUGCUCUGUUUGUCAGCCAGUGAACUCGUGUGCCCUGUUAGCAAAACAAACAUGGACACAACUCAUUACAGGGUUGAACAUGCUGCUUAGUGUGCUCAGUUUUAUCCUUUGUGCAAUGUAUUACCCCCUUAAAAGGCACAUGGAAGAGGUUUCAAAGUUGCAAUGGAGCCUAAACCCUAUACUUUAUGAAAUUAUAAGUUUAUUUUUACCAAAGGACAUUCUGGGGAUGAAGAGUAAAGUAAGUUUUAAUUCUGUUCAAAUUUGAAUCUGGGUGAGGGGGUUAACCUCUCCCCCACAACCCUAAAAGUUCUGAAAUUGUUCCUACCAUGCCUGUACUUUCAAAUGCCCUCUUCCCUAAUGCUUUAGUCUGAAAUACUGGAAGGAGACAGUACUGUUAAAGCUUUCAUUCAACUUUAGCAGUGAUUGCCUCAAUGUCCUAUUCACUGCUUGUUUUUUUUUUUUUAAAUCAUAGUAUUAAUUCUUGAUUCAAAAGUUACUUUGUAUCACUUAGAAAACUCUGUUGAAAAGCUGUGAUUCAUUUGGAGGAAGCUUGCAUGUCUACACAGAUGAGUGCUCCAUGAUCCUCAUUUUAUGCAUUUGUUCUCCUUUUUACUUAAUCAAGUUAGAAAUGGUCUGAAAGGUCAUGUUUACUAAGUGGGACACAGAACUUAUGGGAUAUUUCAGGUUACAUGUUGGAAACUAGGUUGGUGAACUAGUGCAACAUCACAGAGUUGCUGCAACUCCAGCACAGGAGGCAGAUGUAUAGAACUGGCACUUCAGCCUUUGUAGAUACAUUCAUUACCUAUAAGACUCCCUCCAGCUCUAUGAUUCUAUUAGGAAACCACCUGAGAACUUUGUGAUGAUAUCAUACAUGUUUUAUAAUGUACACCUUAUAAAGCAUACAGUGUUUCUUUUCUAGGCAUUCAGACCAUGUUCUUGUGAUGAACAGUAGCUUUUAUUAAACAAAUUCUUAACCUA